AUGAAGUUCCUCCUGAUUCUCGCCUGCCUGGGAGCAACAGUUGCUUUCCCUGUUGACGAUGAUGACGACAAGAUCGUUGGAGGCUAUGCCUGUCCUAAGGGUUCUGUGCCCUACCAGGCCUCUCUGAACGCUGGGUACCACUUCUGUGGGGGUGCUCUCAUCAACAGACAAUGGGUUGUGUCAGCUGCUCACUGCUACAAAUCCCGCAUCCAGGUGAGGCUGGGAGAGUACAACAUCGACCGGGAGGAUAGGACUGAACAAUUCAUCAAUUCCGCAAAAGUCAUUCGACACCGGAAAUACAACCCACAGACCAUAGAUAAUGACAUCAUGCUGAUCAAACUGGCAACCCCAGCAACCUUGAACUCUUAUGUCUCAACCAUCCCACUUCCCACAGCCUGUCCAGCUGUUGGGACGACGUGUUUAAUUUCUGGGUGGGGAAACACCCUCAGCAGUGGCACUAAUUACCCUGAGAUACUCCAGUGUCUGAAAGCUCCAGUCCUGUCUGACACCCAGUGCAAAAAUGCUUACCCAGGACAAAUCACCAGCAGCAUGAUAUGCAUAGGAUUCUUGGAAGGUGGCAAAGACUCCUGUCAGGGCGAUUCUGGUGGUCCAGUCGUGUGUAACGGGCAGCUCCAGGGGAUCGUUUCCUGGGGAAAAGGCUGUGCCCUGAAGGGUUACCCUGGUGUCUACACCAAGGUCUGCAAUUUUACUACCUGGAUCAAGGACACCAUUGCCAGUAACUGA